AUGGUGGUCUGCCAGUUCUUCCUGCAAGGUCGCUGCAAAUUUGGUGACUCCUGUAAGAAUGAGCACCCAGGACGUCCGACCGAGGCAAACAGAUUUGCGCCACUCAGUAAUGGGUUUGGAGGUGGUAGAUCCCGCGCCGGCGGAAUAGGUGGCGGAGAUCGAUCUCGACCGAGCCAAGACCAGGAGCAAAAGAAGCCCUACAACAUUGAUAGGGAAGUGCUGGCUGCCGACCUCACUACUGGUGGCUCUACUGGUGAGAAGCCAAGAUGGCCACUGUCGGUGUACGGGCCAGGUCGUGAUGCACCUCGACAGUUGCUCGAGGGCGCGCUGGAACAAAGCCCAGAGGAGAUGCGAUUGCUGUGUUACGAGGCUAGGGCGAAGGGCCAAGAGCACGAAUAUGUGCAACACGAAGCUACACUUGGAGCGCAAGCGCAACAACAGGUGCAGAGCAUAUUGAACGACCUCGAUGGCGCCAUCAAGUAUGUCAUUGAUGGCGAACAGCAGCAUCCAAACCGCCUCGAUCAGUGCGUGAAAGGCUCGGGCGCUGCUAUCACACAGAGCUCAGGUGGCUUUGGUCAGCCCUCGGGUCUAGGAGCAUCGUCCACAGGCUCUGCGUUUGGUCGCCCGAGUAGCACAUCUGCAUUUGGUCAACCUUCAGGCGUGGGCAAGCAAUCGAGUCAAGCUUUUGGACAGCCGUCGCAACCCGCGAGUGGAUUUGGGGCACCGUCUACUCUUGGAGGCAGGUCGGCAUUUGGUGCUUCACCACAGCCAGCCUCAGCACCGACUUUCGGGGCACAUUCACAACCUAGCAGUGGUGGCAGUGCAUUUGGUGCACCAUCAUCAAUGGGCGCUCAGCGACCAGCAUUUGGGCAAGCAUCGCAACCUGCAUUCGGUCAGGCCUCGCAACCUGCGUUCGGUCAGUCUGCCUUCGGUCAAGCAUCGAAGCCUGCCUUCGGCCUAUCGUCACAGCCAGCCGCUGGGACACCAUUUGGUGCUGGUCAGCAACAGCAGAUCAAUCCCUUUGGUGGACAGCCGGCGCAAUCGAGCCCGUUCGCAGCAGCAGGCAACGAACAAUCUGCUUUCGGCCAGGCAGCACAAACCCAGUCCCAGCCGCAAGUAAGUCCAUUUGCCUCUGCUGGAGGUGCAGCAAGUAACAGCAAUGCGGCCGCCAAUCCCUUUGCUGGUAAAGCAGCGGCUCCAGCAUUUGGGGCACCCCCCCAGCCAACCGCCAGUCCUUUCGGCGCACCAUCUCAGCCCACGGCAAGCACAUUCGGAGCGCCUUCACAGCCCGCAGCCAGUCCUUUCGGUGGAGCACCGAAACCAGCCGCAAGCACCUUCGGCCAGUCUUCUCAGCCAAGUGGCACCGCUUUCCGGCAAGCAGCUCCUGCGCCGACAACUGGCUUUGGCUUUGGUCAGCCUUCACAACCAGCUGCUCACACGAACGGCUUCGGGGGACAGCAGGCCACGCAACCUCCUGCGGCACCUCAGACAAACGGGACCGGGGGGGCGACGGGCAUUGCAGCAACUACAGGCUACACAACUCGUGGCAGAGACGGAAAGCUACUCAUGAGAUGGAAGGGCCAGCCAGUGACAUACGAGACCGAGACCACACCACCCGCACCUUUCUAUCAGGAUCCACAGACCGGCAAGCCAGAGCGCAUAUGGCUACCUGAUGGGCCACCUGACAGGCCGAAUCCAUACUCACAAGCGCCACCACAGGCUUAUGAGGGCGAUGUGGGCAAGUUGCUGAAGCAAGUAUACGACUUUGUUCGAGAUAGAGAAGAGUUCAGUGAUAUCAUCCCGGAGAUGCCUCCUCAGCGCGAGUGGCUAAGAUGGGACUUAUAG